AUGGACGUGGAUGAUAUAGAGCGGAAGCAUUUUAUGAAGACACUGGCUGUCUUUAAAUACUAUCGAUCCUAUACCUUGAAGAAGGUUUCAAAGCAGACAGAGAUAUAUGAGAAACUUUCAGAGAGGCACAAGGCUCUCAUUCCAGAUUUUUUAAUUGCCAUGCAAAAUAUUAAAAAGUGCAUUGAAAAUAACGCAUUUUUCAUCAGUCAAAUCCUCAGGAACGCUAAACCAGAUAUAUUCGAAGGGGAUCACUUCUUGUCAAAUCAAAAUGAUGCAAUCGAGAAUUUCGUUCAAAGCGGGGUUGUAAACUCUCAGUCCGAUUUUGCAAUCACAAGUUCUGAUUUGGACAAAAUCAACUCCGUUUUAAAGCAGUUUGUUCGUGACUGGUCUAGUGUUGGUGUUGAAGAAAGAAAGCAGUCCUACGAACCGGUUUUGGGCGAAAUCAAGAAGCUAUAUUGGUCUUCGGAUAGGUGCAAGAAGGUGGGCGAGUACACGCUACAUCCAUGGGUCACCCAGUUCUGCAAUAACAUGACUCGCGACAAUCAGACGACCGCAGUCACCGUGCCCGACGUCGUGCCGACGGACAUUCCAGCAGGCGUGCAAUUCUCCAUGGUUGCCGGCGAUUUUGUCGAAGUCUACUCGGAGCCUGAGUCGUGGGACUGUGUGGCGACAGUCUACUUCAUCGAUACGGCGCACAACAUUUUGGACUAUUUGGACACGAUAUGGAGGAUACUGGUGCCCGGUGGCUAUUGGGUUAACUUUGGUCCUCUCCUCUACCACUUCGCGGAUGUUCCUGGACAGGACUCAAUUGAACUGAGCUACGAGGAAUUGAGAAAAGCGAUUCAACUCAUGGGCUUCGAGUUUGUGAAAGAGGAGGUUAAGAUACCCUCAACAUUCACACAGGAUCCGAACUCCAUGCUGCACUACCACUACAAAUGCGUUCUCAAUGUCCUUCGAAAACCUCUCAAUGCAGAAAAAUAA